UGCGAGCCUAGUACUGGGCAUACCCACUACACGGGAGGCCGGGAGUGUGUUCACUUCGUCCCGAGCCCGUGGCCCCUUCAGCCCCCGCAAGCGGAGUAGCCUGAUCGCCGUGCACCGCAAAGAGCCUGGUCCAGGCGCUGCCACCCGCACCAUGGCCGCCCCAGACUUGUCCACCAACCUCCAGGAGGAGGCCACCUGCGCCAUCUGCCUCGAUUACUUCACCGACCCGGUGAUGACCGACUGCGGUCACAACUUCUGCCGCGAGUGCAUCCGACGUUGCUGGGGCCAGCCCGAGGGCCCGUAUGCGUGUCCCGAGUGCCGCGAGCUGUCGGCGCAGAGGAACCUGCGACCCAACCGCCCGCUCGCCAAAAUGGCAGAAAUGGCCCGGCGCCUGCACCCGCCGUCGCCGGUCCCGCAGGGCGUGUGCGCGGCGCACCGCGAGCCGCUGGCCACCUUCUGCGGCGACGACCUCUGCCUGCUGUGUCCCACCUGCGAGCGCUCAGAGCACUGGGCUCACCGGGUACGACCGCUGCAGGACGCGGCCGAAGACCUCAAGGGGAGGCUGGAGAAGUCCCUGGAGCACCUGCGGAAACAAAUGGAGGAUGCGAUGCUGUUCCAAGCCCAGGCUGAGGAAACCUGUGCCUUGUGGCAGAAGAUGGUGGAGAGCCAGCGGCAGAAUGUGCUGGGCGAGUUUGAGAGGCUGCGCCGCUUGUUGGCAGAGGAGGAGCAGCAACUGCUGCAGAAGCUGGAGGAAGAGGAGCUGGAGGUCCUGCCACGGCUGCGCGAAGGCGCCGCGAGACUUGGCCAGCAAAGCACACAGCUGGCAGCCCUCAUCUCGGAGCUCGAGAACCGCUGCCAGCUGCCAGCGCUGGGGUUAUUGCAGGACAUUAAGGACGCCCUAUGCAGGGUGCAGGAUGUGAAGCUGCAGCCUCCAGAGGUGGUGCCCAUGGAGCUGAGGACCGUGUGCCGGGUCCCAGGGCUGGUGGAGAUCCUGCGGAGGUUCCAAGGGGACAUAACUCUAGACCCAGACACCGCCAACCCGGAGCUGGUCUUAUCUGAGGACCGGAGGAGUGUGCAGCGUGGUGACCAGCGGCAGGCCCUGCCUGACAGCCCGGAGCGGUUUGACCCAGGCCCCUGCGUGCUAGGCCAGGAACGCAUUACCUCUGGCCGCCAUUACUGGGAGGUAGAAGUUGGGGACCGUACCAGCUGGGCGCUUGGUGUAUGUAAAGAAAAUGUCAACAGGAAGGAGAAGGGGGAGCUGUCAGCUGGCAACGGGUUCUGGAUUCUGGUGUUCCUGGGGAGUUUCUAUAAUUCCACCGAGCGGGCCUUCUCCCCCCUACGAGACCCUCCCAAGCGUGUGGGGAUCUUUCUGGACUAUGAAGCUGGCCAUCUCUCCUUCUACAGUGCCACAGAUGGGUCGCUGCUCUUUAUUUUCCCUGAGACCCCCUUCUCAGGUACACUCCGGCCCCUCUUCUCACCUUUGUCUAGUAGCCCGACCCCUAUGACCAUCUGCAGGCUGAUAGGUGUACCUGGGGACACCCUUGGUCCCCAGUGACCCAGACAGUCUUGAGAAGUCCCUUCACCUCUCCUGGUCCCUUGCCCUGACCAUGCAGAGGCCCAGGAGACAGACAAUGUCCUGUGAGUAUUAGGAGACGCACACAGUGCCUUUCUGACCACACGUGGGGAUCACAAGUCCUCGGUCUCAGAGACAGGAAGAGUGGAAGUACACUGGGCUGGGCUCUGUCCUCGGGGGGAUCCUCUCCGCCACUGAUGGCACUUAGUGCCAAGAGGCCUCACCAAAUCUCUAAGUCCCAUGUGUCACCAGCACUUCUGACUCAAGGUUUCAGUGAUGUGAUGGGCUUUUCCAGAAGUAAUACAGGCCUGUCCACACUGCUGUGCCAAAAAGUGCCACACCAUCCCCGAAAGGAACUAGGCAAGGUUAGGUAGGGAGCCAGCUUCAAGCCCACCAGCGUCUCAGGAUUUGGUCCUGUAAAUGGAAGGGCUGCUCAGAGUCCUUACCAUGGUGGGUGUGGCCACAGGGAAGGAUGAGCGGGCAGCAGCCUGGCCCCAGAGAUGGACGUCUACUGGGGGCGGAUCCUAAAGUAGUCCACCUUUGUAUUCAGCACAAAAGGGGCCCAGACGUGGAACUCAGAAACAGCACUUGAACACACCCUUCUGUUCUGAGACUUGUCUGGUUUUGCCUUCAGAGGGGCUCCCCUGGCGUCUGGCUAGCUUUGGUACACUGCCCGCGGCUGCCUGCCUUGCAGAGUGAGCCACACAGUCCCUUCCCAAGCACACAGGAGCCAGCAGUGACUGCUUUCGUGUUACACUUCUGGGAGUUUUAGCUUUUAUUUAUUGAAAGGGAAACAUUUAAAUAAACGGUUAUCUGGAACAGUG